UCUCUUCACCAUCCACAAUGGCAAACACAUCAACACGAACAAUACCCCGCGACGGACGGCUGCUCGCGCUCAUCCUCGCCUCCAAGGGCAUUGCGGAUUCCGACGAGCGCGUCAUCCACCAGCUCCUCGACUUUGCGCACCGCUACACCGCCGACGUUCUCCAAUCGGCGCAAGCGCUCGCGGACCAUGCUGCGCGGACCGGCCCACAGUCGAACCGGAUCGAGAAGGAGGACGUCGAGCUCGCCAUCCAGAUGAGGAGGCGGUACGAGUUCUUCGAGGCGCCGCCCCGAGAUCGUGCGGCCAAGGUUGAGCGAGUACCGCGCUGUGAGCGAGCUCCUGCUUCAGGCGGCGGCUUCUCUGAGGCGGCGGAGCCCGAGCUCGAGGUCUCGGCGUUGACGGCCCCACGAGUGUCUCCUGUGGACGCUCACCUUUACCUCGCCUCGCUGGCGCACGAGCUCAACGCGCAGCCUCUACCCCCGCUCUCCGAGUCGUUCGAGAUGGUGCGCCUCCCGCCCGCGUCGCAGCGCCUCACAGAGGUGACGUUCGACCUCGUGCCCACGGACGCCGCGGCUGCCCUCUCGGACGACGAACUGCGCACCAACGCGGCCGACAGCGAGAGCGAGAGUGAGAGCGACGAGGACGCCGACGGGGACGCCGAGGCGGAUGGCGAGGCCGAGCCCGAGGCUGAGGCCGACGCUGCCGGCGAGGAGGACGACGAGAUGGAGGAGGUCGGCGUGCCCGCCGAGCGCGAGGUUGACGAGGACUACGACGCGUAAGAAGGCAAGCUGGUUAGUUGUCGACCUGUGCCCGCCGUGGCCUGUGUAAUGUGUCC